GCGCGGUUAAAUCUGGGCCAGUCCUGGGGGUAAAGUGGGCGGAUAUAGAUUUUAUCAGUCCGAAUAUGAACUUUCUACCCCGGUUUACUGUCGCAGUUCCAUCUGCAGUUUAUUUUCCCGCAAGGUCUCAUAAGAAACACAAACAUGUCUGCUGGCAAAGCUGAGAUUGGCAAGCCUGCCCCAGACUUCACGGCUAAAGCUGUGAUUCCUGGGGGCCAAUUUAAAGAUAUCAAGCUGUCUGACUACAGAGGGAAAUAUGUGGUCUUCUUCUUCUACCCGCUUGACUUCACGUUUGUUUGCCCCACUGAGAUCAUCGCCUUCAGUGAUGCGGCAGAUCAGUUUAAGAAGAUCAACUGUGAGGUCAUUGGGGCGUCCGUGGACUCCCACUUCUGCCAUCUUGCCUGGACAAACACACCACGCAAAGAGGGGGGUCUUGGCCAAAUGAAAAUCCCGCUGGUGGCCGACACCCAGCGCUCCAUCUCUCAGGCCUAUGGUGUGCUGAAGGAGGAUGAAGGCAUCGCCUACCGUGGCCUGUUUAUCAUUGACAACAAGGGCAUUCUGAGACAGAUCACAAUCAAUGACCUCCCUGUGGGCCGGUCUGUGGACGAGACGCUUCGCCUGGUGCAGGCCUUCCAGUUCACGGAUAAACAUGGAGAAGUAUGUCCUGCUGGCUGGAAGCCCGGAAGUGACACUAUCAAGCCCGACGUCCAGAAAAGCAAGGAAUAUUUCUCCAAGCAAAAAUAAAUCUCUGCAUCCCCCUACAUUUCAGAAUGUAGUUCUGCUGUUGGAAGUCCCCUGAUUUACCAGCGUAAAAAGUUGAGUUGCCAAAGUGGUUCCUGGAUAUUGAAGAUUGUUGCACUGACUAAUUUCAUUCUAGGAACUUCUGUGUCAUGCUGUUUCAUUACAAUGUCUCUCACUGAUGCUACAUUUACCAUUAAAAUGGUUUUCCUCUGUAAGAA